GAACAACAAAGACAGACAUCUUGUUCCAGGAACAUUUUAUUUGCACAUUUGCAGCACAAGGUAAAUCAACACUGUAAGUACAAUAAGGGAGACAACAUCAGUGGGAUAUAACAUGUAUGCUGAUUGGUCAGAGACUAGCUCAAAUAACCAAUCAAAGACUGGUCAUAUAAAGCAUCUUUACAAAUUAAAUUUCUAUAUUGGAGUAUGUUCAUCCACACACUGAUCAAUUUGACGAACAACGAUCUCCAUUUUUGAUGUACUUAUUAUAAAGCAGACAAUUCUUACAGCUUGAGCUUAUGUUUGAUUUUACCUUCAUAAACAACAGUAACAGUGGACAGUGUAGCAGCCGAGGAACACAAGAGGAAUGACUGACCUACUGUCAGUGGACAGUGUAGCAGCCAAGGAACACGAGAGGAAUGACUGACCUACUGUCAGUGAACAGUGUAGCAGCCAAGGAACACGAGAGGAAUGACUGACCUACUGUCAGUGAACAGUGUAGCAGCCAAGGAACACGAGAGGAAUGACUGACCUACUGUCAGUGGACAGUGUAGCAGCCGAGGAACACGAGAGGAAUGACUGACCUACUGUCAGUGGACAGUGUAGCAGCCGAGGAACACGAGAGGAAUGACUGACCUACUGUCAGUGGACAGUGUAGCAGCCGAGGAACACGAGAGGAAUGACUGACCUACUGUCAGUGGACAGUGUAGCAGCCGAGGAACACGAGAGGAAUGACUGACCUACUGUCAGUGGACAGUGUAGCAGCCGAGGAACACGAGAGGAAUGACUGACCUACUGUCAGUGGACAGUGUAGCAGCCGAGGAACACGAGAGGAAUGACUGACCUACUGUCAGUGGACAGUGUAGCAGCCGAGGAACACGAGAGGAAUGACUGACCUACUGUCAGUGGACAGUGUAGCAGCCGAGGAACACGAGAGGAAUGACUGACCUACUGUCAGUGGACAGUGUAGCAGCCGAGGAACACGAGAGGAAUGACUGACCUACUGUCAGUGGACAGUGUAGCAGCCGAGGAACACGAGAGGAAUGACUGACCUACUGUCAGUGGACAGUGUAGCAGCCAAGGAACACGAGAGGAAUGACUGACCUACGGUCAAGCAAGCUUUCCAAGCGAUGCUGUAUAACCCUGGGACACACUCUAUAUAGUUCAAAUUUUUCAUUUUUAUUUUUAUUUCCGAAUGCAAUACAGCAUAUACACAGUCAGUAUAGGUUAAUGUCUACACAGUCAGUAUAGGUUAAUGUCUACACAGUCAGUAUAGGUUAAUGUCUACACAGUCAGUGGUUGGAUUGGUGUCCUCGUACACGUUACAUUUGGUGGCCGCCAGUAAGAUAGCAUUCCCCCAUACAUUCCUUGGAUGUUACACUACUUAACAGGACUACAGUGAACUGAAAUUGUAUUUUUCUUAAUAAUAACAAACUAUUUCAAUCAAAACAAGAAAACUAAAACAUCUUGAUGACUAGAAAUCCACAUCAACCGUAUUACAUCUCAAAAUUAACAACAGCAUCAACAAAAUCGAUAAAAAGCUCAGGAUGUCAAACAGAAUAGAUCUGGGCACUUAUAUUACAUCGCCAGGAAACAUCAGGUAAGCAGAAGGGAGAUAACUCUGGAAGAGUAUGAGCCUUACAUUUGUCAACAUUGCAACAAAAGCAAACACAUUGUUGUUCUUAGUAUUCGCAGAUGUAUACUGUAGAGAGACAUCCAACAAUCUGUUAACAAACUGUAUGCAGGCACCUUACAUGUGAAUAUCUACUUAUUGGUAGCUUCACAAAAGAGACCAUGGAAGUGUUAAGACAUACAUACAAUAAAUACAUGUAAUGGCAUACUUCUAUACUGUGCCACAGGUCAUCAUUUUAAAUUAAAACAAUUUGGACAAUUUUUAAAUAUCAAUAUAUUCACCUAUUUGAGAGAGAAGUUUCAAUACAUUUAUCAUUUUUACUAUUCACUAAAUCAAUUUAGGCAAAUCCUGCAGGGCUGAACAUUUUACAAUACACUAAAUCAAUUUAGGCAAAUCCUGCAGGGCUGAACAUUUUACAAUACACUAAAUCAAUUUAGGCAAAUCCUACAGAGCUGAACAUUUUACAAUACACUAAAUCAAUUUAGGCAAAUCCUACAGAGCUGAACAUUUUACAUUUCAGUUGUACUACUACAUUAGAAUGCAAAAAGACAAAAUUAACAAAAUUUCCAAGGAAGAUACAUGUUCUUGUAAUCUUUGCUUUUAGCACUUCAUUGAAAAUGUUACCAUGUAAAGUUAGGCACCAAGCUCGACCUUUCUAACCUCGGGUUAUAACAGAGACAGCUAGUUAACCAAGGUCUUGGUCUUUCCUUUCCUAAGGCCAUACACAUCCAUUCUAGAGACUAUAGACUUAAGAAUUUUCUGGGUUAUUCCUAAACAUAAACACACUGAAAGUGUUUCCAGAUUAACAAGGUUAUACUACCUUAUACAUACAAGAAUCCAUAUACAGAUAUAUAUCAUAGUUAUGUUGCAAUUUUCAGAUCUGGAAACAGAUUAUCAUCCAGGCUUAAGUAGAAGUAUUAGGAUAACUGAACAAAAUGGACAACAAUUUCCUUCCACACUAUAGUGGGGACAUUUAACGUAAAUGUAGCAGAUAAAAUGGAGGGAUCAUCUGGAUAAAAUGACUGAAUUUCUCCAGGGCUAGUAAAUAAAUAUCACAAUGGCCUAUUUCUAAAAUAGGAAUAUAAAUAAAAACAACCAAAUACAAAUUACAACUGUUAAAAUUAAUAUAAAUAUUAGUUAUUAUGAUACGGUGGUACAUUGUAUAUAUUGCACUUCUUGUGUAAACAACAACACUGGUAAACAGUUACUAUGGCAACAGGAUUCAAAAAUGUGCACCAAGAUAUGGAGAUAAAAUCAUAAAAGUGCAGUAAAAAGGCAGUGGAAUACACACAUAAACAGGAACCUAUGUAAAGUAUGUUUAUUCUAGAUUAUAACAGGACAGCCUUAGAACACAGGCAGAGUAGGUGGUAUAACAUAAUGAACCAAUCAGGGGAAGGUAAUCUCAGCAAAUCACACUACACUCACUCACCAAUAUCAAGGUCUGCCUAACAACCAGUGAAAAUAGAAUCAAUCAGGGGAAGGUAAUCUCAGCAAAUCACACUACACUCACUCACCAAUAUCAAGGUCUGACUAAACCACCAGUGAAAAUAGAACCAAUCAGGGGAUCAAAUCAGGUAACAAUACUUCAAAACCGAUAUAGUAGAGAUUGGUGUAGGGUUGAUACACAGAACGGACAAUACUAACUGUGAAACACUAAACACACAUUAACACAGGGCAACUGUUAUACCUACAGACCCAGAAUCUCCAAACUAUUCUUAGCUAAUCAGUAAAUCACCUUCUCACAACAGACGCUGGAUGAAAAUUUGAUAUUGUUGAAAUUAAUCUUAAAAAUUGUAAUACUUGAUAAUGAGCAAUAAAAUAUGUUAACAUGCAUUGUUGUAUUAUAUGGCAAACCAGAGACUGACAAUAUUUACUGCUAAUACAGAGAGUUUGUGUUACACCAUGUUUAACAGAAUCAUUGGUAAGUGGACAUUAUUUGCACAUUUUGAGUGCAUAUUUUGGCAUUCUGUAGCAAGAAAUCAACUUAAUGCAUGACGAUGUCACCUUGAAAUUUUCUAUUUUUAUCCUGUAUCCAAUGUUCUAACCGCUCAGACCUCUCUUUACACAACAAUGACACUUAUCUCUAUCAAACAAGAAAAAUCAGCUCAGAUUUAUAUUGAUGCUUUCCAAAAGUUAGUCUUUGUCGUUGUGCUUUCUCUAUCUACCAUGCCAGUACUAUUAAGUUAUUUGAUAACAGAUAGUCAAUGUAUUUCCUAAAAUUCUCUCCUGCUUGUAUUGGACAAAUAUACAGAAACAUUCCUUCUCUGGAUAUUUUAUACACGCAUAUUAUAAAGAUGAAUUGGGUGAGCAAAAGUAUAUCCCUCGACCAUAUUGGUAUUCUUAAGAUGGACUAAAAGAAACCUUUAGAAAAGUCAUGUUAGAAAGACAAGUAAUGUGAAACUGGAGCUUGAUGUGAGGGUUGAAUAAUGACAUGUAACACCACCCUAAUAUAAUGAUGGAGCUCGGUGUGAGGGAUGAACAAUGACACAUAACACCACUCUAAAUAGAGUGGUCUCCCUUGGUCCAUGCAAAUAAACAAAUACAAUAUGAACCCCAGCCAGAGGAGUAUUUACAAAAAUCUUCUUUGAGGCAUGUUAUCAGACAAAUACUGAUACAUAAAACACCAGGUCCUUCAGAUAUGUUUAUGGGUGGGGAUGGAGGAGGGCUAUUUCAACAUAUAUUUUGAUUUUAAGCAUUACUAAUGUCACAUCUGGACAAGUAACCCCUACAGGUAUACCUGUAAACCUAACAUCAGAUAUCAACCCUACAGUUAUACCUGUAAACCUAACAUCAGAUACCAACCCUACAUGUAUAACCUAACAUCAGAUAUUAACCCUACAGGUAUACCUGUAAACCUAACAUCAGAUACCAACCCUUCAGGUAUACCUGUAAACCUAACAUCAGAUACCAACCAUACAGGUAUACCUGUAAACCUAACAUCAGAUAUCAACCCUACAGGUAUACCUGUAAACCUAACAUCAGAUAUCAACCCUACAGGUAUACCUGUAAACCUAACAUCAGAUAUCAACCCUACAGGUAUACCUGUAAACCUAACAUCAGAUAUCAACCCUACAGGUAUACCUGUAAACCUAACAUCAGAUAUCAACCCUACAGGUAUACCUGUAAACCUAACAUCAGAUAUCAACCCUACAGGUAUACCUGUAAACCUAACAUCAGAUAUCAACCCUACAGGUAUACCUGUAAACCUAACAUCAGAUAUCAACCCUACAGGUAUACCUGUAAACCUAACAUCAGAUAUCAACCCUACAGGUAUACCUGUAAACCUAACAUCAGAUAUCAACCCUACAGGUAUACCUGUAAACCUAACAUCAGAUAUCAACCCUACAGGUAUACCUGUAAACCUAACAUCAGAUAUCAACCCUACAGGUAUACCUGUAAACCUAACAUCAGAUAUCAACCCUACAGGUAUACCUGUAAACCUAACAUCAGAUAUCAACCCUACAGGUAUACCUGUAAACCUAACAUCAGAUAUCAACCCUACAGGUAUACCUGUAAACCUAACAUCAGAUAUCAACCCUACAGGUAUACCUGUAAACCUAACAUCAGAUAUCAACCCUACAGGUAUACCUGUAAACCUAACAUCAGAUAUCAACCCUACAGGUAUACCUGUAAACCUAACAUCAGAUAUCAACCCUACAGGUAUACCUGUAAACCUAACAUCAGAUAUCAACCCUACAGGUAUACCUGUAAACCUAACAUCAGAUAUCAACCCUACAGGUAUACCUGUAAACCUAACAUCAGAUAUCAACCCUACAGGUAUACCUGUAAACCUAACAUCAGAUAUCAACCCUACAGGUAUACCUGUAAACCUAACAUCAGAUAUCAACCCUACAGGUAUACCUGUAAACCUAACAUCAGAUAUCAACCCUACAGGUAUACCUGUAAACCUAACAUCAGAUAUCAACCCUACAGGUAUACCUGUAAACCUAACAUCAGAUAUCAACCCUACAGGUAUAACCUAACAUCAGAUAUCAACCCUACAGGUAUACCUGUAAACUUAACAUCAGAUAUCAACCUUACAGGUAUACCUGUAAACCUAACAUCAAAUAUCACUAAACAAAAGGCUCAAGUUUUCAGAUGUUUUUCAAGGUUACAAUAUUCUACUCUUAAUUACAAGAUAAAACUUUGGCUUAUUCUACCAUCAUCACAAACUUUAACUUUUACUUAUUCUUACAUUACCUAACUCAAACUAAAAAAAAAUCAUCAAUAAAACAAGAUGUAUUACUUUUUUCAAAUCAAAAGACUUACAUUUGCUUAUUUAGAUCAACAUUUGAAUUGAAAACCAACCAUUGUUUUCAAACCUUUAACAGAGUUGACAGCAAAUAGAUCUAAAAGUAAUGUAAUAUAAACCCUAUCAAUCUCUCAAUAAAAACUGUAUCAAACUUCAUGAUAGAUAUGUGCAUGAUUGUCCUUUCAAUAAUUAAACUAGAAUUAAUCCUGGAGGAACAUUAGAGGGAAAUUUAGAAUUUAAAAAGAUGUACAAUGUUAUAUCCUCAGAUUUUUUUCAGCAUAAUUGUCCUUCAUUUAGAAUAUAAUCUAUACUGUUUUAUCUCUUCAGAUAUAUAUAUGUCAGAAUUUAUUUUUCAUUUCACAAUUUUUUUUAUUGAAUAUUGCAUCUUAUACAAAU